AUGGGCACAGGAAAGGAGGAGAUGGCCUGUGUGCCAUCAGUCCCGGAAGCCAUCCGCAAGUGCCAGCGAGCAGGCAUCACUGUCCGCAUGGUCACCGGUGACAAUAUCAACACAGCCCGGGCCAUCGCCAUCAAAUGUGGCAUCAUCCAUCCUGGGGAGGACUUCCUGUGCCUUGAGGGCAAGGAGUUCAACCGGAGAAUCCGCAACGAGAAAGGGGAGAUUGAGCAGGAGCGAAUUGACAAGAUCUGGCCAAAGCUGCGGGUGCUGGCUCGCUCCUCCCCCACGGACAAGCAUACCCUGGUCAAAGGCAUCAUCGACAGCACGCACACGGAGCAGCGGCAGGUGGUGGCCGUGACGGGAGACGGCACCAACGAUGGGCCCGCGCUCAAGAAGGCCGAUGUGGGCUUCGCCAUGGGCAUCGCAGGCACAGAUGUGGCCAAGGAGGCCUCGGACAUCAUCCUGACAGACGACAACUUCAGCAGCAUCGUCAAGGCGGUGAUGUGGGGCCGCAACGUCUAUGACAGCAUCUCCAAAUUCCUGCAGUUCCAGCUGACGGUCAACGUGGUGGCCGUGAUCGUGGCCUUCACGGGCGCCUGCAUCACGCAGGACUCCCCUCUGAAGGCCGUGCAGAUGCUCUGGGUGAACCUCAUCAUGGACACGUUCGCCUCGCUGGCGCUGGCCACCGAACCACCCACGGAGACCCUGCUUCUGAGGAAGCCAUACGGCCGCAACAAGCCCCUCAUCUCGCGGACCAUGAUGAAGAACAUCCUGGGCCACGCCGUCUACCAGCUCACCCUCAUCUUCACCCUGCUCUUUGUUGGCGAGAAGAUGUUCCAGAUCGACAGCGGGAGAAACGCACCCCUGCACUCGCCGCCCUCCGAGCACUACACCAUCAUCUUCAACACCUUCGUCAUGAUGCAGCUCUUCAACGAGAUCAACGCCCGCAAGAUCCACGGCGAGCGCAACGUCUUCGACGGCAUCUUCCGGAACCCCAUCUUCUGCACCAUUGUGCUGGGCACCUUCACCAUCCAGAUAGUGAUCGUGCAGUUUGGGGGGAAACCGUUCAGCUGCUCUCCGCUGCAGCUGGACCAGUGGCUGUGGUGCAUAUUCAUCGGGUUAGGAGAGCUUGUCUGGGGCCAGGUCAUUGCCACCAUCCCAACCAGCAGGCUCAAGUUCCUCAAGGAGGCGGGCAGGCUCACGCAGAAGGAGGAGAUCCCGGAGGAGGAGCUGAAUGAGGACGUGGAGGAGAUAGACCACGCCGAGCGAGAGCUGCGGCGGGGCCAGAUCUUGUGGUUCCGAGGCCUGAACCGAAUCCAGACCCAGAUUGAAGUAGUCAAUACUUUCAAGAGCGGGGCCUCCUUUCAGGGAGCCCUGCGGAGACAAUCCUCCGUCACCAGCCAGAGCCAGGACGUAGCCAAUGUCUCUAGCCCUAGUCGCGUGUCGUUGUCCAAUGCUCUUUCCUCUCCGACCAGCCUUCCUCCUGCUGCAGCUGGGCGUGAGUGUGAAUCCGUACCGCCUCGGGUGCCACCGCCGCCAGCGCCGGGCGGGCAGGAGGGCAGGGGCCGGGGCGCCAGGGACUCGGGGGGCAGGAGGUCGUGCUUAGGCCCACGGGGCUGA